ACAUGUCAGAUCUAAAGCCUUCCAUGGUUUUCUUUCUGCUCUUUAUCUUGCUUUCUGUUGAUGCACACAAACUGAGCCUUGAUUUCUAUUCCAAGACAUGCCCGAGUUUGGCGAAGAUCGUCCGCGACACAACAGCGAGGUAUAUUUCUAUAGCACCGUCCCUCGCACCGGCAUUGCUGAGAUUGCAUUUCCACGAUUGUUUUGUUCUGGGAUGUGAUGGAUCGAUACUCCUAAACUCUACGAGAAAUAACUUAGCAGAGAAAGAUAUGAUCCCCAACCAACACCUUCGAGGAUUCCAAGUGAUCGAUGCUGUCAAAUUGGCAGUCGAAAAGAAGUGCCCUCGAAAAGUUUCAUGUGCCGAUAUUUUGGCUUUAGCUGCAAGAGAUGCAAUUUUACAGAUUAAAGGGCCAUUUUGGAACGUUCCCUUGGGUCGAAGAGAUGGUAGAAAAUCGAGUGCCAAACAAGCCUCGGCCAAUAUCCCACUUCCUUCCUUCAACAUUACACAAUUAGUAACAUUGUUCGCUUCAAAGGGCUUAAGUACCAAAGAUCUAGUUGUCCUUUCAGGAAGUCACACCAUUGGCAUCUGCCAUUGCUCCUGGUUCACGACUCGCAUAUACAACUUCACGGGGAGGGGCGACGCCGACACUACGAUGAACCCCAACUAUGUCGCUGCCCUCAAGAGGGCAUGCCAGCUAAACGACAAAAAGACCUACGUAGAAAUGGAUCCAGGCAGCUUCAGGGAUUUCGACAACAGCUAUUUCAGAAAUGUGAAGAAAAGAAAGGGACUUUUGCAGACAGAUUCUGCACUGAUGAACAAUGCAUACACCAAAAGAUACAUACAAAGUCAUUCAUUCUAUGGGUUUGAUAACACUUUCUUCGACGACUUUGCAGUUUCAAUGGAGAAGAUGGGAAGAAUUGGAGUGCUGACAGGAACUUCUGGAGAAGUAAGAAAGGUUUGUUCUUUUGUUAAUUGAAGUUAAGAGUAGUUGAAAAUUUUUCCAUAAGUUAUUUUAUAUCACUGAUUGUGAACCCUAAGCAAUAGAAAAAC